CGACAGAGGGAGAGAGAGUCUGAGAUAAAAGAAGAGACAGUGCUUGCUUGGCCCGAAGGUCCCUUUUCUGUGCAGACACAACCUGUAGACCUGAACUAACCUGGGAAAAAACAAGGAGGCAACAAGACUGAUCGGCAAGUCUCAGAGAGCCAGCAGAGGCACAGAAAGACUGACAGAAAGACAGACUGAUCUUCCCACAGCAGCCAUGAUGCCGGUGUGUACCAUGCUGGAGAAGCGUAACGGGGUGGUGGUGGGAGCCGAGCUGGCCUGCAGUGUGCGGGAGGAGAACAAGGCUCAGAGGGAGAGCUACAGCGCCGACUGGCACAGCAUCCGCCUGAAGACCAGGCCACAGGACAGGCAGACAAUGAACAUGAACGACAGCUCUCGCAGGGAGACUCUGUCCCGACAGUGGCAAGCUCGCUCCUUGGUACAGACCUGCCCCUCCGGCGUCUUCAGGGUGGGCACCUUGGAGAGGGGGGUCAGAGAGCACCAGCUACUGCCCAAGAGGAACACCCUCCCCCUGCCCAUCUUUACUCCGGCAGAGCUGGGCAUCAGGCUUGGCCGUGGGGCUGCACACACCGAGGAGGACCUCAGGCCUUUCCCCGUCCCCGACGGGUCCUGUCCCGACAGAAAGACCGUGGACGAGAUCACCAAGGACCUGCCCCCCAUCAAACCCACCCGCAUGGAAUUCGCCAAAGCACCCAAAGCACUCGGCCGCUCCAUGUCACAAGAAGCCCAGAGAGGAUGAAAACCAAAAGAGAGAGGGUCAGGAUGUUAGGAAGAGACAAGCAGGAUGAAAGAUGGGAAAGAGUAAUCAGUCGCAAGGCUGAUCGAAUCAGGGGGGGAAAGAGCAUAGAAGUUUGUAGAUAGAUGUAUCCCUUUUUGUCAAUCAUCAUAGACCUUACAUAUCUACCAUAGAGCCUUUGUUUAUAUCUAUCACAUCUCGGUAAGGAAAAUACCAGAGAAAUGGCAUUUUGUCAGUAUUGGCAUUUGGUGGUAAAAGGUAUGAGAGCUGUUCUUGUGAGGGCAUAUGUGAUGUAAUUGAGAGGCAGAUUCCUACUGUGGGGUGUGUUGUUUCAGCUGUGCCACAGGCUAAUCCCCCCGCUGCCUGGCAAGACCAGACGACUCGCUAUCUGGCCUUGUCAUAUCUGAUGCUCACUGAAUGGACGUCACAUAGCCCCACUGUAAGCAAGUCAUAGACCAGACAGAUGCCACUUAAUGCAAAAUGGCUGUGUCAUGCAACACUGUACGCAAUGGUUCACUAUAACCAAGCUGCAAUCUAUCUUGUUUUCUUUUGUUUAUUGAAAGGUUAAAAAACAUUUUUUGUAAAGUCCAUGACAGUGUCCUUGAGGUCAUUGUAUGGUGUCUAUGCAGUGCAGAUAGUGACAAAGUUAAAAUGACAUGAUGGAAGAAGAGAGCGGUAGAGAACUAUUAGGAAGAAUGGAAAAAGUGAAGGGCAGCAGAUUUGAGAGGAGGUGGGUGGGUGGGGUGUUGAGUGGGUGUGGGACAGCAGGGUGGGUUGAAAGACAUAACUUGGCAUUUGCACCCGUUUGACAAUGGAGAGUUGGUUGGAGGCCUCCAGACCUCUGCCAGCCCUUGGCAGUGUCUGAUCCUCUAAAGGGUACAGAAUGCUCCAGCGUGAUGGUCACACCCAGAGCCAACCCAACAGUGUGUGUGUGUGUGCACGCGUGCACACGUGUGUCAGCAUCAAUGACACGACUGUGGGGGAGGGAGUGGGGGUGGGAGAGACUUUGAACAGAAUGUAAUAAAGCAACCUCUUGGACAGUGUGUUAAGUCUGCAACAAAUGUUCUGUUCGUUUAGAUGCAUGACUGCACCAAUAUUCAGUUUUACGAAUGAACAGAUAUUGUGUGAGUUCUUUGACCAUUCUGCUGGUGUACUUGAGUGUGGCAUAGCAAAUAUUGUCCUAGAGAAUUAUUUUUCUAUAUCAAUAAAAGCUGAGUUGCUUUUCUCUAA